AAACCAAUAAUUCCCUGCCACCAUUGUAGCGUCACAUGCGAUUUAGAGCUCUCUUUUUCCUUUUCUGCUCCCCCCGAAUUAAUUUACUUCUCAUCAUCUCACACCAUCAUCAUCGUCAUCAUCAUGCGUACCCUCCUUAAUACGUUGUUGUCAUGUCAAAGUGUUUGACAGAAGCACUAUGUCCUAGUCGUCGUAUGUGCUAAUUAUACUAAAAACAUACAUUUUGUUAAUUCAUUCGAAACUCUGCUCAAAUUUUCCUUCCAAUUCAAAUUUAACUCAUUUGCUCUCCCUGAACCUUCUUAGCCCUCCCCCUCUCCCAUCCCACAUAAAAAUCAAAUUCAAUACUUUAGGUCACAUACUCCAAAUUGACAAAAACCCAACAAAUCCAUCCACCAAAUCACCAGAGAGAGCAGAGAUAGUCUAUUAGUUCUUUUUAAGUUAAAAUUUGAAACUUGACUGAAAACGGAAGUGAUACUACCCCGGCACUCGAUCAACAAAAUUGUAUGAGCUUCUAUUCCACAACUUAGUUUUUCCUACGUUAUUGAUAUUUUGUCUUGUACUUGUUAUAACAGAUCAAGAAGGAGAUUUGAGCAUAAAUUGAGGAGCAGUUUUUGUGACAGAUCGAGAAUUAGGGCUAGUUACAAUGCAGAGGCAGCAAAACCGAGGGAUGAUGGAAAUGGGGGAUUUUGUACCCAAGAUCCGGAAAAGGGGUUGCUCGACAUCAUCAUCUUCGUCAUCAAAGGUUCACAGUUACCGUUUCAAGCGGGCCAUUUUGGUGGGCAAGAAGGCUAGAGGAGGUAUCGGGCUCGGAGGGUCCAGAUCCAGCACGCCAGUGCCAAGUUGGAAAAUGACGCCUUUGAAGAGCGCCAUUGACUCCCCUAAGUUUUCUCAGAAGAGUAAUGGUGGUGGGAGGUCCCGGCCGGUCUCUGCCAGAAGGCUGGCUGCUACUUUGUGGGAAAUGAAUGAGAUGCCAUCGCCUAAAUUGAGUGAGAAUUUGGAGGAGGAGAAGAAAAGGAACAAGAAGUUGAUGAUGUUGAAGAAGGAGAAGUUAAGGUCAUCUGUGCCUCCCCAUUUGUCUGAUCCAUCUCAUAGCCCUGUUUCUGAGAGGAUGGAUCGAUCAGGAACAGGUAGCUACCAGAGGAGGUCGUCAUCAGUUUCUCAAAGGCUUCGCACUCUAGACCACAAUGCUGCAGUUUUUGAUUCCCUUAGCAGUGCUAGUUUAAUGGAGAUUGAGACUAGAUCUCGAGCACAGACGCCAAGUGGAUCAGUAGUUGGUGUAAGGAACCGUCUGAAGGAUGUUAGUAAUGCUUUGACCACAUCAAAAGAGCUGCUAAAAAUUAUCAAUCGCAUCUGGGCUAAUGCUGAUCAACCUUCGUCUAGCAUGUCUCUUGUUUCUGCAUUACAUGCUGAGCUUGAGAGGGCUCGCCUGCAGGUUAAUCAGCUUAUACAAGAACAACAUAUGGACCAAAAUGAAAUUAGUUAUAUGAUCAAGUGUUUUGCUGAGGAGAAGGCUGCAUGGAAAAGCAAAGAGCGUCAAGCUGUUGAGUCUGCAAUUGAUACCAUUGCAGGUGAACUUGAGGUGGAGAGGAAGUUAAGGACGCGAUUUGAGAGCUUGAACAAAAAACUUGGAAAAGAACUAUCAGAGACAAAAGCAUCAUUUAUGAAAGCAGUCAAAGAACUUGAGAGUGAGAAACGAACCAGGGAGAUAAUGGAACAAGUAUAUGAUGAGUUAGCUAGGGAUGUUGAUGAGGAUAGAGCUGUGGAAGUGCUAAAGAGAGAUGCAGAAAAGGUCCGUGAAGAGAUUGAAAAGGAAAGAGAGAUGCUCCAUUUAGCUGGUACACUGCGUGAGGAGAGAGAUGCUAAACACCAGUUUGAGGAGAAAGAUACUGCUGUUGACAAGCUAAAGAAACAAAUUGAAGCUUUCCUGGGGAAAAAGAAAGGUAAAGAAAAAAGAAGCGACUCUCAUAAUUUUGGCAACGGUGAAGAUAUAGCGGCAUGCUUAAGUAGGAAUCAAUGCAGUACUUACUUGAGUGAAGAAAAAGAUGAUGGAGGAGAGGUGGAGGACGCUGACGAAGGCUCAGCUGAGAGUGAGCUACAUCCUAUAGAAUUGAACAUGGACAAUAACAGCAAGGCAUAUAAGUGGGCCCAUGCAUCUGCUGCUGGUUCUGAAUUCAGGAGGAUCUCUGUUGAAGCUGAAGGGAAGGGGAGGAACUCUUUUACUGGACAGAUCCCUAGGAGAAGCUCGUCUCUCCAAAGGAGCACUUCAGACACCGCUGAAUGGGGGUUUAAAUCCAGAGGCAUGCAAAACCCAGCAGAUGGUAUAGACAGGGAGAGGUUCUCUGAACUCGAGAAGCAAGCUCAGAGAAAAAGCUCUGCAGAUGAGACACAAAGGUACAAGUCUGUGAAGGGCCUUAGGGACCAAUUAUUGUCUAAUUCCAGGACAGGAUCAGCUAGAGAUUUUAUGAGCCCAACCAGACAGUGGGAGCAACCAUGGCCUUCAAGAGAUCCUCAUGGUGCUGUUCAAGAGAGGAAUAGUUUUUCGCAGGGAAGUGGCUCAAAGUCAAGACUGGCAGAAAGCAGAGGAGAUGGACAGUCUGCAAGAAGAUCAAGACGGUAAAUUCUUGCUUCAGAAACUAAUGUUUGCAGACUGGCACUGAAGGCUGUGGACCUGGGAUAGCUCCGCAGAUCGAGACAAAUUGGAGUGUUUAAAAGAAAGAAUUAACAUCUUGUUAGUUAUGCUUGGAAAGUUCUCAGCUCAUCUGUUAGAGGAAUCUGUCUUUGUAAUUUUUUUUUUCUUUUUGUAGAAAAUUGUGUCAGUUUUGAGUGUGACUUGUACAAAAGUCUCUGAUUCUAAUGAGUUAAUCAUGCUUUAAUCUUCUUGCGGUUUUAAAC